CAUGGUGGGUCAGCUGCAUGCCAACCACCUGGUUCAAAGGGUUCCUCGUGUUUGCUUUCAGAUUGCUUUUUGACAGCUGUCAAAGAGUCACGCAAACACGUCUUACAAUUAAGAAAAACGGAGCUUUUUUUUCCGACAUUGUGAAACUCCGGGAGACAUCCAGCUUUUAUCGGGUGUCUUCUUCAGAGGAUUCCGUCACUCGUAUCAUCUGUGGAGGAUAUAAGCCAACACAAGAAACAAACGAUUGCUCUCAGAUGGGAUUAAACUAAAGAGUACUCAUAAAAAUAAAACGAGAAUAGCCGAUGUAAAAACAAUUGUUAUUGGUCCUUGAGGGGGAAUCAGAAGUUUCAAUAAGUUAAUUCCUUUGAUUCUCCAAAGUCAAAGUUCCUGCUGUGAGCUGGAAGGAUCUUUUGCAGUCGAUCUAAAGAAGCUUCUGAAGACGAUGUGAAUGUUAUGAAGAAGACGAUCGAGGUCCUCCAUGAUGGUUUCACAACCACAUUACCAAGGAUCCCUUCUUGGACAACCAGGUGAUCCAGAGCAGAAACCCCGGCAGAGCCAACCUCUCAUGCUGCUUCCCACUGCAGAGGGAAUCCGGCUCACCUCAGCAGGCUUAGAAAGAGUGAGCACUCAAUACCAAAGAGGGGGAAGGAAGCUUAAUUCUCUAAUUUCAGGAUUUCGCUACAACCUGUUGCCCGCAAUCUGUAAAAAAAAAAAUGUGCUUGGAUAUUUUUGCUCCAGAGUGAUCUACAAUCUUAAAAUUUCGUAUGGGCCACUUGUGAUCCUUACAGGUUUGCCCAUUUUUUGCAGACAGACAGUCCAUAUUCACACAUAAGGGCAGCUUUUACUAAGGUAUUACUUACUCCCACCUCUGACAAACCUCAAUCAGUAGCUUAGAAAAAGGUCAGAAGAGGACUUGAAUGACAGGUUGGACACAAAGGAGGGAGAGGUGGAUGUGUACAGGUGAGGUAGAGACACAUGGAGCACAGAGGAGAAGAGGUGGAUGUUGGGAACAUGAAGUAGCAAAGAUCUGUAAUGAAGUGAGGAAGACAUUGACCCCUAACUCGUUGACUAUGUUUGCAGACGACAUUGUGAUCUGUGUUGAGAGCAGGGAGCGGGUGGAUGGACAUAUAAAGAGGUGGGGGUUUGCUUUAAAAAGGAGAGGAUUGAAGGUCAGCCGCAAAAAGACCGUAUGUUUGUAUAAAUGAGAGGAACUCAAGUAGAACUUUGAAGUUUGAGGGAGCAGAGGUGAAAAAGGUGGAUCACUUUAGCUACUUAGGGUUCACAGUUCAGAUCAACAGAAAGUUGGGAAGAAGUGGAGACGUGUGCAGACGGUUGGAACAGGUGGAGGAAGGUUGCAGGUGAGAAGUGUGACUGAAGAGUGUCAGUAAGAAUGAAAGGAAGGAUGUGGAAGACUGUGGUUAAAGCAGCCAUGUUGUGGGUUAGAGACUGAGGAAGAGAAAGGAGGCAGAACUGGAGGUAGAAGAGAGGAAGAUGUUAAAGUUCUCUUUGGGAGGGACCAGGAUGGAUAGGAUCAAGAAAGAAUCCAGAGGAUCAGAUCAUGGUAGAUGUUUUGGAGAUAAAUGCAGGAAAGCCAAUUGAGAUGUUUAGACGCGUUAAGAGGAGGAACAGUGAUGAUGUUGGUAAAAGGAUGCUGAGGUUGGAGCUACCAGGAGAGAGUUCUAGUGGAGGUUUGUGGAUGAAGGAGGACAUGAGGGGGGUUGGUGUGGGUGAGGAGGAUUGAAUGGAGACAGAUGAUUCACUGUGGAGACACCUAAAGGGAGCCGCUGAAGUCAUAGAAGGAUGUUUUGGGUUGACAUCAAAGACGAUCCAUCCAGUCCGUCCAUGUUUAAGUCACUGGUCAGGAUUCAGCGUCCCGUCUCCUCCCGAUAGGGGGGGAGGGUCCCGUGCAGACAGAAGUUUCAGCGUUGGCGCCACACGGAUGCCGGAGGAGACGGCUUAAAGUGGAAUAUGACGACACUGGGGGUGCAGCAGUAAAGACUGAGCCCUGGGAGCCCCCACACUGGAAGGACCAGUUGGCGUGCAUACGUACGAUGAGGAGCCGCCGUGAUGCGCCGGUGGAUCAGAUGGGGGCAGAAAAAUGCUUCGACACAAAAGCUCCUGCUCAUGUGAGGCGUUUCCAGGUGCUGGUGUCGCUCAUGCUGUCCAGUCAGACCCGGGACCAGGUGACGGCAGCAGCCAUGCAGAAGCUGCGAGCGCAUGGCUGCACUGCAGGGAACAUACUCGCCACCGACGACCACACACUGGGCACGCUCAUCUACCCUGUCGGCUUCUGGAGGAAUAAAGUAAAGUACUUGAAGAAGACGUCAGCCAUCUUGCAGGAGCAGUUUGGCGGAGACAUCCCCAGUGAUGUGGAGGGUCUGGUCCGCCUCCCAGGGGUGGGGCCUAAAAUGGCUCACCUGGCAAUGGACAUUGCUUGGAACCAGGUUUCUGGCAUUGGUGUGGACACUCAUGUUCAUCGGAUCUCCAACAGGCUGGGCUGGGUCAGGAAGCCGACCAAAACCCCAGAGGACACACGCCGGGCCCUGGAGGAGUGGUUGCCCCGGGACCUGUGGAGUCAGAUCAACUGGCUGCUGGUGGGUUUUGGGCAGCAGAUGUGUCUCCCUGUGGGCCCCCUCUGCUCCAUGUGUCUGAACCAGCACAGCUGUCCCUCCGCCCACAAAAGCUCACCUGCAAAGAAACCACACAGGCCAACCCCCCCUUCCCGGAUAAAAACGGAACCAGAGAAUGAGGCUGCUGCUGAACACCAGGGGGCAGAAAAGGAUCCAGGUUACAGACCUGCUUCCCUCCCCCAGCAGAUAAAGGAGGAAGAUGAGACCUGAGCAGAAGACUGUGGACUCAAAGAUGCAGACCUGCUGGACCCACUUUUAUUAUCUUCUCCUUUGUGUGUUUGUGGAAGCUGUGUUCUCUGAUGGACCUUCACGUCCAUGUUAGAAUCAACUCUUUGUGUCUUUUGUUCUUUUUCUUACAAAAUAAAACAAAACUGAACAUUU